AUGUGUUUUCUAAUUGAGGUGCCAUUAGUACCACUGGUUCCUGCACUUAGUCUUAUGAUCAACACUCUCAUGAUGCUUCAUUUGGCGCCGAUCACAUGGCUUCGAAUUGCUUUUUGGAUGACUAUCGGAAUGAGCAUCUAUUUUGGAUAUGGCAUACGUCAUUCACGUGAAGAGGUAUUGCCUUCAUCACCAGAAGCUCGUUUCUCGAAGAGCAGCACAUACGAUUCGGUUGUUUCUACUGCAACGGCUCCUUCGUAA